AUGGACUACACACAUACAGCCUACUUUCCUGGCGCUCCGCCCUACCAAUUCAUGGGAUCCGCCAUCCCUCCGCUCACACCUUCACACUCCAACUCGGUAGCUUCGGAUGAAUUCAACACCACCUCGCCCCCGGAGGUCUACGAGCAAUUCCCCAGCGAGCAGUUCCCCAGCGGCCUUCCUCAUGAUCAAUUCCGGAACUUCGACAACUAUGUCCAGUUUAACGCGGCCCAGGCCUUCCCCGGGCCGCCGACACCGCCAGGCCCGCAUCCCGCUGCACACGGUGCUGCUGCAGUGCAGCCUGUCAACGGCGUCGUCCAGCAGCCCGGCCCCACCCCCGACAUCCUGCCCGUCUCCAAAUCCGACCCUGAGGAUCUGGCACAGAGUCGCAGACAGGGCUCCAACUCGGAGGAGGACGACCUGACCCCUGCUCAGUCCAGGCGCAAGGCUCAGAAUCGCGCAGCCCAACGUGCCUUCCGGGAGCGCAAGGAACGCCAUGUCAAGGACCUCGAGAGCCGCCUGCAGCAGCUGGAACAAGCGCAGCAGGAGACCAUGUCGGAAAAUGAGCGGCUGAAGCGGGACCUCCAGAAGAUAAGCACUGAGAACGAGAUCCUCCGCGCGACGUCCCUGGUCACCGCCAAUUCGGGGCCUCCCGGCGCCAACGGAGGUCCGACGACGACAGGGCCCAUGACCUACACGCCCAACGAUUUUUACUCCAACGUCCUCGAGAAGCACACCAACAAGACGCCCAGCCACAGGAUAGUCACGAGCGACAGCGGGGAACGCCUCCUCGCCGCGGGCGCCGCAUGGGAGUUCAUCAUCAAUCAUGAACUGUUCAAGCGCGGCCUCGUCGACGUCGGCCAGGUCAGCGAUCGGAUCAAACCCCUGGCCAAGUGCGACGGCCAGGGGCCCGUGUUUGAAGAGAGAGACAUUGUUGAAGCCAUCAAGCAGAGUGUUGCCAGCGGCAGUGACGAGUUGAUAUAG